GAGGCGGUGCGGCGCGUAGAGUUCGGUAACCGCCGCCAGGGCCUCGAGGCAGCUGCAGCAACUCGCGCAGAGGCCUGGCGGAGCAGAAAGGCCGGACUGGCGCGUGGUUAGGCCGCGACCCGGCUGUGGCCUGGGCGGCAAGGCCUCCCAAAUGCCGCUUGGGUCUCUGCGGAGCAGAACGGAGGCUGGGCCUGGCCUGCGGGUUGGUUAAGAAGAGGCGGACGGGCGGCUCACCUGUGCGGGGUGGAUGCGGCGGCAGCAGCGAUGGACGCCCUAGAGGAGGAGAGCUUCGCGCUGUCUUCCUCCUCCGCCUCUGACGCAGAAUUCGAUGCUGUGGUUGGAUACUUAGAGAACAUUAUCAUGGAUGACGAGUUCCAGUUACUGCAGAGAAACUUCAUGGAGAAGCACUACCAGGAGUUCGAAGACACGGAAGAGAAUAAACUCACCUACACACCGAUUUUUAAUGAAUAUAUCUCCCUGGUAGAGAAGUACAUCGAGGAACAGCUGCUGGAGCGGAUUCCGGGGUUCAGCAUGGCGGCCUUCACGACGACUUUACAGCACCAUAAAGACGAAGUGGCCGGCGACAUAUUCGACAUGCUGCUCACCUUUACUGAUUUUCUGGCUUUUAAAGAAAUGUUUCUGGACUACAAAGCAGAAAAAGAAGGCCGGGCACUGGACUUGAGCAGCGGAUUAGUGGUGACGUCACUGUGCAAAUCGUCCUGCCUGCCUGCGUCCCAGAACAGCCUGCGCCACUAGCCCCACCGCCGCCGGCAGGGGGACUGCCCUGGGCCUGGGCAGCCCAGUGGUUUCCUUCCUUCGGCUGAAGACGGAAGAACAGAUCUUAGACCACCUCUGUUCUGCCACAACUCUUCACUAAUGUGACAAGUAUUGAUGAGUAAAAAAAAAAAAAAAUUACGUGACCCUCCCAGGACCCGUUUCUUCAGAAAAACCUGUGCUCAGCAACCCUGGUGGUACCCUCCCUAGGUGGACAUCUCUCCCGGGGGCCGGAGUCGGGCCUGCCGCAGGUCCGCCCCCAGCGCCCCAGCGGGGCCUUCCCCACCAUCGGCGGUGGGGCGGUGGGGUGUCUGCACGCAGGUCUCAGGCCUUCGCCUCCAUGGGGCUCUCGCCGUGCGGGAGCUUCCCCCUCGGGCUGGACUCAAGCCAGCUGCCCGUCUUGAAGUCCCUGGAGCCGUGUCGUCACAGCGAGCCUCGGCCACAGGAACGAACCGAGAGAUGUCCUUUGUGUCCUUUACCUGAAAGCUACAUGUUCAAGUCCGUUUCUGGUCUUCCGUGUGCAGUCCCUGUGUCACCGAGUCUUCUGCUGGUCCCGAGGUAGUCCUCCUGUUUCUAGAACUCUCUUCUAAGCAUUUUUGAAAAAUAUUUUUAUACAUCAAUACUCAGGCUAACCUAGUGGCUAUAAUCUUGGAACUUCCACGAUUACCCACUUCAAGAUCAAAGUAUUAUAUGCGUGUGCUCUUUAGUUGUUAGUCGUUAGCUCGGGGAGAGAGCAAGUGCUUUCUGCGCUGGCUCCCCCGUUCCCCCGGGCGCCAGGGAGCUCGCGCUCCUGCUGGAAGUGGGCUGCGGCUGUGCGUCCUCCUCUCCUUCCCCGGAGCAUGCUGCGUGCUCGUGCAGGUUAGCUUUGACGUGUUCUGUGUAACGCGGUGCAUUAGUCUUUCUGUUGGGGCGGGGUCUGCAGUUGCUUCUUCCGGUCAAAACUCUUCCUCCCAAGGCUUGGAAGAGCGAACAGUUCAGUUCCCAAUGCGCACCUUAGACUUUUCUUUAAGUAAAAAUAAAAGGCUGUACUGACCUUCCA